AUGGGAUUCGACUGUGGCUUUGACAUUUUCCCGAGACUGGAAGUCAACGACGAGAAUAAAAAAGCAUACCAACAAUUUCUAGACGAAAUCAUCGAAAAUUACAAAGACGUCUACGAUGAGAGAGGAAGGAGGGAAGAUGGGAAAAUAUUGGUCCUCCCGAAUUCUUCCGAGUACUCGGAAAAAAAUCUGAUACAUCUAGCGAUCGGCGAAUGUCCGCAUAUGCCUAGCAGCCCUGAGCAUUGCAACUACUUCCUACGCUUCAGUUCAAAGGUCAGUGGGGGUUUGACAGCGGCCGCUGAGCCUUAUAUCAGGGAUGUUCUGAAGAUUGCAAAGAGGCAUUUUGGCAGUAGGGUGCACUUUUGGCAUGAAAUGAACGAGUUUGGGGAACCCGAGAAGCAAUACGGGGUGUACAGUUGGACGGAGGUGCUUGACGCAGAGAAGGAACUUAGAGAACUUGGAUCUGGAAAGGAAGACAGUGGAUAG